AUUACUCUUGCGCCUUACAAAAAGAGAUUCUCCAACAUGGUCGUCUCUACGUAACUCAGAACUUUGUAUGCUUUUAUGCGAACAUUUUUGGCUGGGAGACCAACCUUACUUUAAAAUGGAAAGAGGUCACCGCCAUAACAAAGGAAAAGACUGCUUUGGUAAUACCGAACGCAAUUAUGAUCAGCAACAAAGCAGAGAAAUAUUUUUUUACAAGUUUUGUGUCUCGAGACAAGACGUACUUGAUGUUGUUUCGUGUAUGGCAAAAUGCUCUUAUGGAUCAGCCUAUGACGGCACAACAAAUGUGGACAUGGGUUCAUCAAUGCUAUGGUCGUGAAUUAGGUCUAACUAGUGAAGACGAAGACUAUAUUGAUCCUUGUGUUGAAGAGGACAAACUCUCAGUUCAAUUAUCUGUAGAAAGUUUUUCUGAACAAGGAUAUCCAAAUAUGGCAGAAGGUAUAACGGAACAGAUGAAUUCUCCUGAAAGGAUUGACCUUGAGGAAAAUAAAUCAAACAAUCUGAAAGGUCACAACAAGAACCCUUCAGAUUUCUAUAUUCCCUCUGAUGGAACAAGCGAUAGUGAUUCUGAUGGCGAAAAAGGUGUAAAAACAGAUGGUAGCUUCCAGUGCCCCAAUCCCCAUGAAGGACGAGUUCUGAUAGAUGAAAUAUACCCCAUUCACAUAGACCAACUCUUCACAUUGCUGUUUACCAGUUCAAAAUUUUAUCUGAAUUUUCAUGCCUUGAGGAAGACCACUGAUCUUACCCAGACGCCCUGGACUCAUAAUCCUUUGGAUAACAGCAAAAGCAGAGUUGUAAAUCUAACAGUUGCAUUGGGACAAACUAUUGGUCCCAAGACCUCACAAGUGACUGAAACACAUGUCAUGCAUCCCUGCAGCAAAGCGGGCCAUCUCUAUUCCAUUGAUGUGGACACAAUAAAUGCUGGUAUACCGUACGCAGACAGCUUCUAUUUAACUCUUCAUUACUGUCUGGAGAAAAUUUCAGACACGGCCAGUUCAUUGAAAGUAAUUGCCCACCUCAAGUACAAAAAAACCGUAUGGGGUUUAGUAAAAGGUAUGAUUGAAAGAAAUACUUGGGCAGGUUUGGAAGAUUUUUUCAGUCAUCUGAAAAAAGCUCUCCAUGCAGAAGUAGAGGAAAAUAUUCCUGAUGUGAAGAGAAAGUCGAGAAGAAAGAGACGACUGCAUGCGAUACCAAGAAGUAUUAUGGAAGAGUUUGAUCUUCCAGUAAAAAAGAAUACAGAAGGCAUUUUCAGUGCAGAUAUUUGUACUUUGAUAGUAUUUUCUGUGCUAUUAUUGCUACUAUUUUUAAAUGUUGUGUUGUACUACAAAUUGUGGUCAUUGGAAGACUCGCCAUCAUACCCUAUUCUGGAUUUACACUUACUGAAGAAUCCACCCAAAUCUCAUGAAGACUGGAUACAACUUUUACAACAUCAAGAGAUGCUGCAUGCUGUUGAAACUCAGAAGUGGCAGAAAUUACUAAAAAAGUCAAUUGAGUUUCUGAGACAAGCUGAAGAUUCCCUAAAUGAAUUACAAGAAUCCAUUCAAUUCACGUACUCAAGUAAAUUAAUGUCCACUAUCCAAGUUCAGGCAAAUUCUGAUGGAAACAAAGAGGAACUAUAGAAGUUAUAAAUUCCAUAGGUAGUGGGAAUUCUAGUGGGUAACUCAAUUUGGUAUUUGUAUUUCCUUUUUAACUAUUGAGAGGUUGUAGCUUUGUAUUUAUCUAUAUAGUCAUCGUAAGCAGCACUGUGUUAUAUUUUUAGUAUAGAUUUUAUGAAUUAUUCCUGUUGUUAAUUAAACAGUUCAGAUUCA